AUGCAGCUAAUGGCGUCCUUUUGGUCAAAGAUUCCCAUACCCACUGGCAAAGCAACUCUACGAAAGCCUCCACGAGACUCCAAGAUCGCCGAAUCCUCCAAGCCAGUCGUAUCCAGCAGCUCCAUCGAUAUUACGAGACCCGAUGCGGAGAAGGAGCAACCGACGCAGCUGCCCAGCCCACCGCCUGAGCCGAAAGAAAAGGUUGCCGUGCUCAACGAGGAACAGCUACACGCACUCUUCUCAGGGGCCCCUCAGUUCGGCAUCCAGCAUAAAGACAACAACCUAACCCCUACUGCUUCAUACCCCUGGGACGCCGAGUUGACAGUCAAGGAUGUCUCCGACUCGGCCCAGCUGGCACAACCUGCCUUCUCCGCAGCGACGCUCUAUCCGCACCUUCCGCUUGUACAAGAGCCCUUCGAGGAGGGGAAGCCGCACCAAAGCUAUGACGUAGGCACGGUGGAGGUCCCGAGCAUGCUGAGCGCCCAAGGAAUUGAGCCUGGCUCCAUUGGCUUCGUUCACUUCCUACAGUUGCCAAGGUCUGACAAUCUUGCUACAGACUUACAACAAUCACAGUCGAGCAAUGAGUUCUUGCAAGCAGCAAAAAACAAGGAGCACAUGCAGAGCGACCCGCAAAAGCUUGGCAUCCGGGAGGUUGACCAUUCUAUGGUUUACGAGCGUUUGACUGAGUUCGGCGAUUUACUUGAAGCUCUCCAGGACAGCCCCGAGAGGAUGACCAUUUUGAAUAACCAAUCGUCCGGAGAAUUGUACGCAAAUCUCUUCGGUAAAUUUCUAUAUCCACCGAAAUGGGACGGGUCUACCGAGGAUCCUACGGGUAUGAAAGUCCAGAUCGACACCCUACUCAAAGUCCUGCGGUUGAAGGGCGUGUGGUACGACUUCAGUCUGGUCGAAUGGCGAAUUAGACUGGGCCAGAUUCUAUGGAGUGAUUCAGAUACACCCGUCGAAAACGACAUUACCCAACCCCAUCAGCUGUGGUCAGAUCGAGACAUACUGCUUCUGCAGAUUUGCUUAUCCUGCGAGCUGCUCCUUCGACUAGAUGCAGUUACUAGCAUGGAUGCAGAUGAGGUGAAACAACGGAUGCACGUCACCCCAGAGGAGUUCCAGGGGUUUCUCGACCUUCAAACUAAGAAAACGAAUUGGGACUUAAUUCUAGCGCAGCGGUUCCUGGAUAAUAUUCUGGUCGUUAGAGAGAGCGACCCGACGCCUUUGCCGCAAUCUCCUAAAUCUGGGCUACUUUCGAUGCUUGGUAGAAGCGAGUCUAAGGGGCCACCAAAGCCUGACCUCAUCCUCCUUCCCCGUCAUCAAGCCCGCCAACUCUCAGGCCUCCUUAAUUUCGCGGAAACUGUCCAAUGGCCUGGCAUCGAUUUGGUUGUGAACGAAUUAGCGCAGAAGCUGGGUGUCUCAGACAACACCGCAGAACCAGAGCAACAACUAUCUCCUUACGGGAAAUUCCUAGAGCCCACUUCUCCUUCUAUCAGUAUAUAUGGAACCCCCCUAGCGACAUCGACAAGCAGCCCUCAUGACAGCUACUUUGGGCACAUGACCAGACCUUCUCUUAGCCGAAGUAACUCGCGAUCGUUAAAGGUUCCGCUGUUUACCAACCUACUGUCACACGCUGCGGACGGUGCAACAGGCACUUUGAACAUUGGUGGAUGGCUGAGUCGCUCCUAUCUCACCGGAUUAAUACUCCCCGGUGAAGCCAUUUCCCACUUUCUAAUGUCAACAUUAUUGGAAAACGACAAGCUUGCGAUUGCUGCUCUUGGCGAUUCCGCAAACCUGUAUGGCGGCUUCGUCUACGCAGAUAGAACCUGGUGGAGCAAGAGUUCCAUCGUUGGUCGCGUCCUUGCUUGCAUUGAGGGGGCUUCAGAGUGCAUGGGCUGGAUCUCGAUUGGAAGGCUUCCAGAAUUACAAGGCGAUGGAUGGUAUGCUCUCAGCAGUGAGCAGCUUCCAUUUGAACAACCAUCCCGCAUCGCAGCUAAGGAAGAUUUGCUCGGACGAGACUCUGCAAUCGUCCCAUGUAGCGACACAGAGAACAUCAAGCCUGAAGACCUUACCCUCCCUCUCGAUCCAAGCACACCCCCAAUUCCAUCCAUUGGGUUCCUGGAAUGGAACUUGACUUCCAUCAUCUCUGAACUAUCCGAUACUGAUUCCUCCUCCCAACCAGAAGCGGAGGCACACGUUGCUUCUAUUACCUUCACAUCCUUCGCUCGCGGCACCACACAUGUCUUCCCUCUCACCUACGACGUGCAGUUCAUAUCCUCAUUCCCAUGCACCCCGCCCCUAUCAUUCCCUAUGCCGAACUUCCCUCAAGUCCUUAAACGCUCCCUCUCCCGCUCCUCCUCCAAACGUAGUGUCCGCAGCGCUCGGAGCGGAAUCCGGCCAUCCCGCCACCUAAGCCGCCGCAACAGCCACGGCUACGAACCUCUUUUGUCGCACCCACCGGACUCCGCAGGCUUGCCACCAACGCGGACGUACUCGCCCCCUCCAGAUGAAGAAGACGAGGAUAGCAAUGACCAUAUCCCAACGCCGCAGAAAAGUGAGCCUAUGACAACACAUCCGCUGCAUGUCUCGUACAAGUACAAAAUCGUAUCAGUGACGGAGAUUCUGGAUCCGAAUUUUGAAAUACCGCUUAAGAUCCCGAUUACGUCCUGCGGGUCGCCUGCGCCAUCGAAUCCGGACAUACCACUGGAGGAGAAAGAAGAUACUUUCAAGGAUGAAGAAAGGGUUAUUCUUGUCCUCGACGCUCGCUCCUCGAAAGAACUCGAACUCCUAGCCCGAGCCUGGUGCGCGGAUAAAGGCCUCCAUGCGAUAAUCGGACGUGUAGGACGCACGUGUCUUGCCUGCUGUGUUAGGGAGGCUAGGGGACUUGGAGUCAGCGUCGUGGUUAGAGCUUAAAGUGAGGGAAGCUAAGUAUGGAUGCUGAUAUGGAUAUGGAUAUGAAUUUGACGAAUGAACUUUGAUGAUACUGGAGUAUGCCCAGCUAACCUGAGAAUGGAUAACGAUAUAAGAUUGGUAUUUGGUUUGAUUUUUCCUGCUCUGAUGUUUGGGACGGUGGGCGGCGUGACUUGUUCAGCUAUAUACCCAGAUUUUAGUAUACGGAUAUUUCGUUUGAUUCUUGAAUAUACAUUUGAUGAUGGGUGUUGUUAAGCCUGCAUGUCUGGUGAGUGGAGGACGUGUAGAUUUAAGCACUCCCAAGACUAUAUUCAUGUCCUGAACCAAAACGCUCACGUUCUCCGUCAAAUUCCAGCAACGCU